GCUGGAGAUUGUGUUGGUUGGGGCUGCUACUGGCAGUCAGAAAGCUCUCCUAAGGAACGAUUCUAUUAUUUUGCUAACCCUGGAAAAGGUUCUUUCCUUCCCCACCAGAACAGAGAGUCUUUUCUCCGUGGGGCUAGGAGGGGAAUCUAGCGCUCCUCUCUAGCGGUUCCUUUAUCCCUUCCUUCCUGAAUCAUUAGUGCUGCUCGCCUUGAAAAUAAAAACCCACAUAGCUAAUGUAAAGCGAAACGCAUCAAAAAGGAAAAAGAGCUUGAACCUUGCAACCAGCCAUUGAGUCUUUCUCCAAACCCCGGCAAAAAUCCCUCUGAGGAGAACAUAAACUGGGGCAGCAUUGCACGCUUUUAAUUACAUAAAUUCCAGAGAGGGGGGUCCCCUCUCUUCAGCAAUAUCAAAAUGCAGAGGGGAGGAUAGUCCCAUGCGUUCACUCUCUAAUCUGGGAUGGUUUGCACUGCACGCCAUUCACUAGGAUUAAGAAAAAGUUUGUGGGUUUUUUUUUUAAAUCUUGUAAAACAAUAUUUUCAUUUUUAACUUUAACUUUAUGAGAUGUGGGGGGAGAGAGGGGGCGAGAAUAGAGAGCGAGGGACAGAACAUCCCUACAGGAGGAGCUCCCUUUCAGAUAGGAAUCUGGGACAGAUUUUGCCAACAGCCACAAAGCAUGGCCCUUUGGUAAUAGAAUAGCCAAUGUAAUUUGACACUUCAACUUGCUGUGCUCUCUGCUAGUUGAUUCACUUACUCACCCACUAACAUUGAGCUCCUUUUCACUGUCUGUAUAGGGGGGGAGCAGCAGAGAGAAACCGCUUUUAAAUGAAAAAUAGUUUAAAAGCACCUGAACAGAGCUGCCAAUCAGCUGGGGAAAGAGGAUUUUUGCUGCCUGCUUCCUUAUUAUAUUUGUUACUGCAAGCCUGCUGUGCAAUCUAGAGAGAGUGCGAGCAAUUUGCUCUACAAGAUCCAUUUGUCGUCAGAUUACACGUCUUGCCAGCAGUGUCCGACCAGUGACUUAAACCAGCCACAUAGUUUAUUCCUAAAUGCUGAACAGUGCAAAGGAAAAUGGAUCGUGUUAUGUGAAGGCACUGAGAAAAUAGUCAUCAGAUCCUGAGAGGAAGAAGGCCCUUGUGGAACUCGGAUUGAGGGAUUUUAAUGGCUUUCAGGUAGAAGCCAAGUGGAGAUAAUCAAAAUGAAUUCUAUGGACAGGCACAUACAGCAGACCAAUGACCGGCUGCAGUGCAUAAAACAGCACUUACAGAAUCCUGCAAACUUCCAUAAUGCAGCUACAGAGCUCCUGGACUGGUGUGGAGACCCGAGAGCUUUCCAGAGACCUUUUGAGCAGAGUCUGAUGGGCUGUUUGACGGUUGUUAGUCGAGUGGCAGCACAGCAAGGAUUUGACUUGGAUCUUGGAUACAGGCUACUGGCCGUAUGUGCAGCCAACAGGGACAAAUUCACUCCAAAAUCAGCUGCGCUGCUUUCGUCGUGGUGUGAGGAAUUGGGACGACUCUUGCUGCUUCGUCACCAGAAAAGCCGGCAAAACGAUCCUCCCGGGAAGCUACCCAUGCAACCCCCCAUGAACUCUAUGAGCUCCAUGAAACCCACACUCUCUCAUAGUGAUGGAUCUUUCCCCUAUGACUCUGUUCCUUGGCAGCAAAACACCAACCAACCACCAGGUUCUUUAUCAGUGGUCACUACAGUAUGGGGUGUGACUAAUACCUCCCAAAGCCAGGUGCUGGGAAACCCAAUGGCAAAUGCCAAUAACCCUAUGAACCCAGCAGGAAACCCCAUGGCUUCUGGGAUGACUACAAGCAACCCUGGCAUUAAUUCCCCUCAGUUUGCUGGGCAGCAGCAGCAGUUUUCAGCCAAGGCAGGCUCCGCGCAACCUUAUAUGCAGCAGGGCAUGUACGGGAGACCCAACUAUCCUGGAAGUGGAGGCUUUGGUGGGAGUUACCCUGGUGGCCCAAAUACUCCUGCGGGAAUGGGGAUCCCUCCACACACGAGGCCGCCUGCAGAUUUCACUCAGCCGGCUGCAGCUGCCGCUGCAGCUGCAGUUGCAGCUGCUGCCGCCACAGCAACAGCUACAGCCACAGCCACUGUAGCAGCCCUUCAGGAAACCCAGAACAAGGACAUGAACCAGUAUGGACCGGUUUGUUCCUCUUUCCAGAUGGGUCCAACUCAGGCUUACAACAGCCAGUUCAUGAAUCAACCUGGCCCUCGCGGCCCUGCUUCUAUGCCAGGCAGCAUGAACCCAGCGACCAUGGGAGCCGGAAUGACGCCUUCCAGCAUGAGCGGGCCACCUAUGGGUAUGAGCCAGCCGAGGCCCCCUGGGAUAAGCCCCUUCAGCAGCCAUGGGCAGAGGAUGCCGCAGCAAGCUUACGCAGGUCCACGCCCCCAGUCCUUGCCUAUACAGGGCAUGAAGAGACCAUACCCAGGAGAGCCAAAUUAUGGAAACCAGCAGUAUGGACCAAAUAGCCAGUUUCCUACCCAGCCUGGUCAGUAUCCAACUCCCAACCCUCCAAGACCUCUUACAUCUCCUAAUUAUCCUGGACAGAGGAUGCCUACCCAGCAAAAUACGGGGCAGUACCCACCUCCAACAGUCAACAUGGGACAGUAUUACAAGCCAUCAAGGCCUGUACCUGUGGCAAAUUACCCUCACUCACCGGUUCCAGGAAACCCCACACCACCCAUGACUCCAGGGAGCAGUAUUCCACCAUACCUGUCACCUAACCAGGAUGUCAAACCACCAUUCCCACCUGACAUUAAGCCAAAUAUCAAUGCUUUACCACCACCGCCAAAUGCUAAAGGGAAAGUUCACACUUUCUCUCCCUCUUCGAUCCCAGCCAACCACAACGAUGAGCUGCGUCUGACGUUCCCUGUGAGAGAUGGGGUGGUGUUGGAGCCCUUUCGGCUGGAGCACAACCUGGCAGUCAGUAACCAUGUCUUUCACCUACGGCCAACCGUCCAUCAGACGCUGAUGUGGAGGUCUGACUUGGAGCUGCAGUUCAAGUGCUACCACCACGAAGACAGACAAAUGAAUACAAACUGGCCAGCAUCAGUCCAGGUCAGCGUUAAUGCAACCCCUCUUACCAUUGAACGUGGCGACAACAAGACAUCUCACAAACCUCUGCACCUAAAGCACGUCUGUCAGCCGGGAAGAAACACAAUUCAAAUUACAGUCACAGCAUGUUGUUGUUCACACUUGUUCGUGUUGCAGUUAGUGCACCGGCCAUCAGUUCGUUCUGUGCUUCAAGGCUUGCUAAAGAAACGUCUUCUCCCCGCGGAACAUUGUAUCACUAAGAUCAAGAGGAACUUCAGCAGCGUGGCAGCCUCCUCUGGCAACGCAACACUAAACGGUGAGGAUGGAGUGGAGCAGACAGCUAUUAAAGUGUCUCUGAAAUGUCCAAUCACAUUCCGGCGAAUCCAGCUCCCAGCGAGAGGCCAUGAUUGCAAGCAUGUACAAUGCUUUGAUCUGGAAUCUUACUUGCAACUGAACUGUGAACGAGGAACUUGGAGAUGUCCUGUAUGCAAUAAAACUGCUCUACUGGAGGGCUUGGAGGUCGACCAGUAUAUGUGGGGUAUUCUGAACGCUAUACAAAACUCUGAGUUUGAAGAAGUUACAAUUGACCCAACAUGCAGUUGGAGGCCAGUCCCUAUAAAGUCAGAUAUUCACAUCAAAGAUGAUCCAGAUGGCAUUCCUUCCAAGAGAUUUAAAACCAUGAGUCCCAGCCAGAUGAUCAUGCCAAAUGUGAUGGAGAUGAUUGCAGCUUUGGGUCCUGGCCCGUCACCUUACCCAUCCCUUCCACCUCCACCAGGGGGCAAUAACUCCACUGAGUAUGGUAACCAAGGCAACAGUUACCAAGGUCAUGGCAAUUUUGAUUUCCCUCAUGGGAAUCCUGGUGGAACUUCUAUGAAUGACUUCAUGCAUGGGCCACAGCUGUCUCACCCUCCAGACAUGCCCAGCAGCAUGGCAGCUCUUGACAAACCCCUCAGCCACCCCAUGCAAGAAUCAAUCCCUCAUCCUGGCAGCACUGAUCAAUCCCAUAGUUCCAUGCAGCAAGGUUUGCACGUACCUCACCCCAGCAGCCAGUCAGGGCAGCCAUUACAUCACAGUGGUCCUCCUACCCAGCAGUCCCGGCAGCCGCCACAGGCCGCUUCUAGCAACCAUCCACACAGUGACCUGACUUUUAACCCCUCCUCAGCCUUAGAAGGUCAGGCUGGUGGACAGGGAGCAUCUGACAUGCCGGAGCCCUCACUGGAUCUGCUUCCAGAACUCACAAAUCCAGAUGAGCUGCUUUCAUACCUAGAUCCUCCCGACCUGCCAAGCAAUAGCAAUGACGACCUUCUCUCUCUCUUUGAGAACAACUGAAACCCUAUGUAUUUUCCCCAUGCCCUCACUUGUCCACACAUGGGUAGCUGCACAAAGAAGAAUCUUCACACUCCCACAGAAAAACCAACAAACUCAGACUUGAUCAAAUGGUGCACUCCCUGCUUUCUUCAUCUCAGAACUUGUUUUGUCAGCUUCACUGACUGUGAAAGCAAUGGGAGGGGGAAAAAAGAAAGAAAUGCAGUGAUCUCACAACGAAGCAUAGACAAUAGUGCAGCUAAUGGAAACCCCAUUCAUUGUUAAUCUAUAGAGAGAGAGUUCUGUGAUACAUAUAGUGUGAAGUAUACUGGCAAGAACCAAUCUUGGCAAGGAAACAAAAGGCAAAAGAAUGGAACUAUCCUAAUUGACCGGUCUCAGAAUGUCCUUCCAACGAGUGUUCUUCCAUUUUUUUGAAACCCUUCCCCCACUUUCCCUCCUUCCCCCCUCAACUGCAGAUUUGUGUUGGACAAAUUGUAUUGACCACACACAUAAAGGAAAACAAACAUCUUAACCACCAAAAAGCACAAAUAAUACAAUAAAAAUCAAAAGUCUGGAAGAAAUGAAUCAAAGGGAGACAUCUGCAUAACUAAUAUUUGUCUUCAGUAGAGGAGCCCUGAGAAUCUCCAGGCUGCAGACAGUGUGUGUUUGUGUUUAUAAAGCGUAGGAAUCUGCGACACCUGUUUGCAAGGGAUCCCUCUGCUUAGACACACAGACUCGGAAAAAAACCUUUAAAUUUGUUUUGGGGUUUUUUGUGGGGGUUUUGGUUUCCAAUCACUACCAUUAGUGACUGUGUUGUUAUCCAAUUGUUGACAUGAUUAUUUUUAUCCCAUAUAUCCAUUCAAAGCAGAAGAAGAGCGGGGAGGGAGUGUAAAAAGUUUUCUAUCUCCCAGAGCCUUUAGUGUGUUCCGUCUCUGUGUCAUUAGAUCCUCUGUACUGCACAGCUAGCAGGACAAGCUGGAUGAAGGCAGGGAAGAGCUUACUGCAUGAUGGGGAGAGUGACAUCACUCUUGGCAUUUUUUUUUAAGAGCUUGAAAGGAGCAUUGAAAUUGGACAGACACCUUAGAGCUUCUCUUUUGUUUUGCUUUGUGUUUUGUUUACAAGACUGUUACAAGUAAUUAAGCCUUUUUCCGCCCUGUUUUUUUUAAUUCUUUAGCAGCCCAGGAUGUUUUAUUUUUCAAGAAGGAUGGGCAUGGGAAGAAUAAGUAAUUGUUGGUAGGUUACUACUGCCCUCAACAGACCCUGCUGCCACAAUCACUGUCUUGCCCUUGUGAUCUGUGCUUCUCGUGUGGUUGCUUCUCCUGCAUGAGCUUCCUAUUGCUUCGGUGCCCAUUUUUGUGCGCGCGCUCUCAUAAAUUAUGUACAGUAGCCGUGUAAAAAGUGCAUGUGUGCCAACUUUGCCCUCGUGGUGCGACAUUUCAGCUUUUGCCUACUGUACAGUUAUUGCUUUCUUUAUUACAAAAGCAAAUUUGACCACCACCACCCCAUCCCACAUCCCAUCAAAUAGUCCUUUAGUUGUUCUGAACAAUAUGUUUUAAACUUAACUGCCAGAUGGAAUUUUGUUAGGAUAUUUUUUUGUCCGUUUGAAUAUGUAAUCUCUCACUCUCCCUCUCUCCCGCUCCCCCCCUCCCCAUUUCUCUUUUUAGUUUGCAACGCUGUAAAUGGCAUGACACAUGCUUACAGUUCUAGAUUUGCUUUCCUCACCAAAGUCAAUAUUUGUAAAUUCUUUGCGUAUUUUUGUUAACAUUUCCCACUACUGCUGUACAUGCAUCGUGAUAUAUAUAUAUGCUAGUCCGCAGCACCUUGCUGUAGAUAUUAAAGGAAAUGGCGGUUUAGUUCUUUUAUUUUCCAAUAGGCGUAUUGAAUUUGUCAAACAUUUUAUGUAGAGGUGUUCCCACGCUUAUAUUUUUCCUGUUUUAUGGUUUUUUUUAAAAGGCGCUGUUCAUUAUGCAAAAUCAAUUAUUUUAAGAAUUGCUAUUGUAAAUAUCUGUGUGAAUAUUUUAGGAUCGUCUUUGAUUAUAUUCAACAUUUUCAUCAUCUGGUUAUCCUUUUGCUGGUGUUUUUAAAUACCUUGUCUGGGGGGG